CAGCCGGCCCCCCCUUACACACACACACACACACACACACACACACAGUUGAGCAGAGGAAACGGAAAAGACGAAACACACACCGAGGCUGCUUUUCAUUUCAAAACCUCGGGGCCGUGGAAAGAACACCGAGUUCCUUCUUUUCUCUCUCCAACCUGCUUUUUCUUUUGGCUCAUUUGUUCGACCGGCGCUACUUUUUUUUCCCUCCUCGCACUCCCCCGGAUUUCCACUUGAAAAGUUGCCACCUUUUUGGCCAGCUGUCUGCAGCUGGCAGGAAGCGUCCGCCCUGCUCGGGAACAAGGGACCUAAAGUGAGGAGGGGGGAGAGAGAGAGAGAGAGAGUGGAAAAAAAGAGAGAGAGAGAGAGUGAGAGAUGCCGCCCCAGCCCACGCAGUCGCAGGUGAGGGAGAACGUCGUCAAGUUCCUCCGGAGCUUCCCGGGAGUCCUCCGGAUCCUGCAGAUCGUCUUCGGGGCCGGCCUGUGGGUGACGAUCGCCGCCAACAAGUACGAAGGCUCCAUCCACUUCGUCCUCUUCGUGGCGGUGCUCUUCUGGCUGCUCACCCUGGCCCUCUUCUUCCUCACCCUGCUGGACAAGCAGGACCUGGUGCCGCUGCUGGGAGGGCCCCGGUGGCCCAGCACCAACCUGGCGCACGACGUGGCCGCCGCCGCCCUCUACCUGCCGGCCAUCGGCGUCAUGAUCUACAAGACGGAUCGCAACUCCUACUGCAACCUGGAGCAGUACAAACACUCCUGCCUGUACAAGGUCUACCUGACGGCCGCCGUGUUCGCCUGCCUCUGCUGCCUGGCCUUUCUGCUCUCCGUCGUCCACGGAGCCUGCAGGAAGAGCCGAGGCGAGCAGACGCUCUUCUAAAUGAGGACGGACGCUUUUUUUUUUCUUCUGCAAGAUGAGGAAGAGUUCACGUCACUGUACAUACUAAAAAAUGUUGGGUUAAAAAAAAUAACCCAAUUGCUGGUUGAAUGACAAACCCCUUAUUUGAGUUAUUUUAACUCAACAUUUUGGGUUAAUUUUUUUCAACCAAACUUUUGCGGUGAAUUAUUUCACCAAAAUUUGAGUUAUGAUAACUCAAUGUUGGGUUAUUCACGACCAAACUAUUGGGUUGAAUUAUUUAACCCAAAAGUUGAGUUAUGAUAACUCAAUGUCGGGUUAUUCAAAACCAAACCAUUGGGUUGAAUUACCGGUAUUUAACCCAAAAGUUGAGUUAUGAUAACUCCAUCCAUCCAUUCAUUUUCUACCGCAAUGUUGGGUUAUUCACAACCAAACUAUUGGGUUGAAUUAUUUAACCCAAAAGUUGAGUUAUGAUAACUCAAUGUUGGGUUAUUCACAACCAAACCAUUGGGUUGAAUUAUUUAACCCAAACGUUGAGUUAUGAUAACUCAAUGUUGGGUUAUUCACAACCAAACUAUUGGGUUGAAUUAUUUAACCCAAAAGUUGAGUUUUGAUUACUCAAUGUUGGGUUAUUCACAACCAAACCAUUGGGUUGAAUUAUUUAACCCAAAAGUUGAGUUAUGAUAACUCAAUGUUGGGUUAUUCACAACCAAACCAUUGGGUUGAAUUAUUUAACCAAAAAGUUGAGUUAUGAUAACUCAAUGUUGGGUUAUUCACAACCAAACUAUUAGGUUUAAUUAUUUAACCCAAACGUUGAGUUAUGAUAACUAAUGUUGGGUUAUUCACAACAAAACUAUUGGGUUGAAUUAUUUAACCCAAAAGUUGAGUUAUGAUAACUCAAUGUUGGGUUAUUCAAAACCAAACCAUUGGGUUGAAUUAUUUAACCAAAAAGUUGAGUUAUGAUAACUCAAUGUUGGGUUAUUCACAACCAAACCAUUGGGUUGAAUUAUUUAACCAAAAAGUUGAGUUAUAAUAACUCAAUGUUGGGUUAUUCACAACCAAACUAUUAGGUUUAAUUAUUUAACCCAAAAGUUGAGUUAUGAUAACUAAUGUUGGGUUAUUCACAACCAAACCAAUGGGUUGAAUUAUUUAACCCAAAAGUUGAGUUAUGAUAACUCAAUGUUGGGUUAUUCAAAACCAAACCAUUGGGUGGAAUUAUUUAACCCAAAAGUUGAGUUAUGAUAACUAAUGUUGAUUUAUUCACAACCAAACUAUUGGGUUGAAUUAUUUAACCCAAAAGUUGAGUUUUGAUUACUCAAUGUUGGGUUAUUCACAACCCAUCUGCUGGGUUGAAUUAUUUAACGCAAACGUUGAGUUCUGCUCGCUACAAUGUUGGGUUAUUCCAAACCCAACUAUUGGAUUGCGCAAUUUAGCGCUCCUUGACCCAAUAGUUGGUUCAAAAUUAUCAAUUUGACUGCUGGUUUGUCCUACUCCUUCCCAACUACUGAGCAAAAUUAAUUUCAUCCCAUUAAAAUAUACUCAAAAGCAA